CGUUCAGGCCUUGUCGGAGCGACAGUGUGCCAUUGAACCGUUGUUUUUGCAAUUACGGGUGCACCCACACGAGCGAAACGCACAUUUAAAAGAGGCACAUCGGAGCCGCGGCCUUUUCUCCAUCAAAAUGACUUCUGUGGCAGAGUUUGAGAAGACGGCGGAAGAUGUGAAGAACUUGAAGACGAGGCCGUCGGACCAGGAGUUGCUGGACCUCUACGGCCUAUACAAGCAGGCAAUUGUCGGAGAUGUCGACACGGAUAGGCCGGGGUUGUUCGACAUGAAGGGGAAAGCCAAGUGGGACGCGUGGAGCUCCAGGAAAGUUCGUCCAUUUUCAACUGACGAGGAGUUUCAAACGACGGUGGAUAUUGUGCGGACGUUUCAACAGGGUCUUGGCAAAGAGCUGCACCAGAAACUACUCCAGAGAGCCAAGACCAGGAGGAACUGGCUGGAAGAAUGGUGGUUAGACACUGCGUACCUGGAGGUGCGCAUCCCCUCUCAGCUUCAUGUGAACUUUGGUGGCCUGGCUCCCUAUUUGGAGCACUGCUGGCCCCCAGGAGAAGGAAGUCAACUGGAGAGGGCCAGCUUUAACAUCUGGCACACGCUACAGUAUUGGAACCUCAUUUACAAGGAGAAGAUGGUCCCUCAGAAAGCUGGUAAGAUGGUGUUGGAUAUGGACCAGUUUAGAAGGCUCUUCUGCACUUGCAAAGUACCCGGAGUUAAGAAGGACACCAUCUACAACUAUUUCAAGACCGAGCGAGAGGGCCCCUGCCCGUCACACCUGGUGGUGAUGUGUCACGGACGGAUCUUCACGUUUGAUGCGCUUUGUGAUGGGGAAAUGCUCACACCACCGGAACUCCUCAGGCAGCUGAACUAUGUGAAAGACCGCUGUGAGAGACAGCCAGCUGGCGAUGGAGUUGCUGCUCUUACCUCUGAUGAAAGGACUCGAUGGGCAAAGGCCAGGGAUCAUCUCAUUCGCAUUGAUCCCCACAAUGAAAGCAUCCUUGAGACCAUCCAGAGCAGCCUCUUCCUUAUAUCUCUGGAUGAUGCCAAACCCUACUCAUCUGCAGAGAAUUACACAAAUCUUGCAGUGGAAGUGCUUACUGGAGACCCCACCAUUCGCUGGGGAGACAAAUCCUACAACUCGCUCGUGUUCGCCGACGGUACUUUUGGAGCCAAUUGUGAUCAUGCACCAUAUGACGCGAUGGUCGUGGUGUCCAUGUGUUGGUAUGUUGACCAGCAACUCAAAGCUACAGAGGGCAAGUGGAAGGGCUCGGACAGAGUAAGACCCAUGCCUUUACCUGAAGAGCUUGUUUUUACCGUGGACCAAAAGGUCCUCAGUGACAUCAGCCACGCCAAACGCCAAUAUAUAGAGACGGCACAGGACCUCCAGAUUGUGUGUCACGCCUUCACAGGGUUUGGAAAAUCAGAAAUCAAAAAGAAGAAACUACACCCUGAUACCUUUGUUCAGCUGGCCAUGCAACUGAGCUACUGCCGCAUGCACAAAAAAGCAGGGAGUUGCUAUGAAACAGCAAUGACCCGCAGGUUCUACCACGGCAGGACCGAGACAAUGCGGCCUUGCACGAGCGAGGCAGUCAGCUGGUGUAAAGCCAUGAUGGACCCCACCUGUGAGAUUCAUGACAAGAGGAAAGCUAUGCUUCAAGCCUUCAAUAAACACAAUAAGCUGAUGACAGAAGGCCAAGAGGGCAAUGGUUUUGACAGGCAUCUUCUUGGACUCUAUCUCAUUGCCAAGGAGGCGGGACAUCCCACUCCAGCUCUUUACACAGAUCCCCUCUACGCAAAGAGUGGAGGUGGCGGGAACUUUGUGCUAUCAUCCAGUAUGGUGGGAUACACUUCAGUCAUGGGGGCUGCUGCUCCUAUGGUUCAUCAUGGCUAUGGCUUCUUCUACCGCAUCAACGAUGACAGGAUCGUGAUCACCAUCACAGCGUGGAAAUCUUCCCGUCAGACAGAUGCUGCAACGUUGUUCAACAACUUCUCCAACUCAAUGCAUGACAUGUUUCACCUGGCGACCACAUCUCAACUUUAAAAAUUCACACCAAGAGACAGAGGAGCUUUCCAUUAGGCGAUGUUUUCAGCCAAGCUGCAGUCAAAGAGCACAGGCUCCUGGGACACAAUACCAAUCUGAGACCUCAGCCAGUGGAUGUUCAGCUCUUUCACGCUUACAGAAUCAAACAUCUGGAUGACAAAAUCAUCAAAAUGUGACUGAAUAUAUUGAAGCCAAUUCUCCCAACCAAGACCGUGGCAAGCCUGAAGUAAUUUGUUCCAUAUGACAAGGUAGGCUAAAAUAACCGAGAUCAACUGUCAAGUAAAGCUUCAAAGUCCAAACAAUGCAGAGGUUAUUUGAAUGAAGUUUGAAUUAAGCAUUUGUUGUCGGUGCAGCUCAAGAAAUGGGUGUACGUAAUUGUCUUCUCACCAUUUUCCCUUCCUUGGUGUCAUAGAACCUCUCCAGGAGCUGGAUAGUGGUGCUUUUUCCACAGCCGCUGGUUCCUAAUAGGGCCAGUGUCUCCCCUUUGCUCACCUUCAAAUUCAGCCCUCUGAGGACGGGUACAUCAGGGCGUGUCGGGUAAUUAAACGUAACAUCCUCCAAGUGCACAUUCCCAUCAAAUUGGUCCUGGAGUUUUAAGGAAGGAGACACCUACUUUAUUAAUACUGUAGGCCUGUAAAUGGCAUUGGAGAAUACUGGUUGGCAACUUUUUGCUGCUUACCAAUGACUGUCCAUCUUGUGAGAGAUUAUCAAUAGCAGGCUGUGUGUCCAGAAGCAUCAUGAUGUGAGCAGCUGAUAUUUUGGCAUUUGCAUAGUUUGGAGCAAGGGAAUGGGCCUCUCCAACAGAUAUUGAACCAUAUAUAAUUGACAGGAUCACUCUGAAAUAUGAGGCCAGUUUACAGAUGAUCAAAAUAUCAAAAAUUAACCCAUAAGGAUUAUGUGUACAUGUCAUUUUCAUUUUCUUGUAAUUACAGGAACUAUCUAGAAGUACAUAAGGAAAAGAGAAUUUGAUCGUGGUGGGGCACAAUAUUAAUCUUACACUGUGUGGUAUCGCUAUCUUAAGUGUGAAUGCAUCAGCAUUAAAUAUGGGUAUUGUCGCUUUCUGUUGAAAACCAAAUACAAAAUUCUCAAUAUUGUCUUCAGGUACAUAGAUAUCGUGAUCUGUCGUAUGUGGCGUUCUUCCACAAUGUUGAUUAACUCACAAUCGUGCCAAGUUUUGGGGAAAAUGGAGAUCGACUAUAAAGGCAGGGGAAGCCUCCCAGCAGUGAGAGUUUUGGCCUGCAAACACUUUUAUAUAGAUGGAAACAAUAAAAAUCAAAGGGUUUAUUUCCGCAGAGUUAAUUGCUGAUUUAAAUUACUAAGCAUGCGAAGGUUUGGACUUAACUGAUCAUUUACUACGACUCCAGACUGUUGACGUCCAUAAUUUUACUUACAGAAAUAGUGCUUGAACGUCCAUCCUGCCGUGCUCAAUGAGCCAAGCUCCAAACAAGAAACAUCCGGCAUAACCAAAACAAAGCAAGGCUUGGGAGAAACCAAAGACAAAACCAUGCAGAUGGGCCAUUUCCUCUGAGUUUCUGCAGAGAGAGAGAGAUGGGGGGGGGGUUAGUGAAAAGAACACUUAAUAAAGAAGCGUUCUCAAUAUUUAUGGCCAGGUGAUUGAGGAGCCCACAUACUUGUAUAGAACUUCGAGGCUAUUCUCAUACAAAGAUUCAAACUUGGGUUCACUCGUCAAAGAUGCAACUGUACGGAUAUUCUCGAUGGCUUGUGUAACAAUCUGAUGAGACACCAUGGAAACAUUGCAUAUUGUAUACCACAGGGUAUUUGGCAGAAGGACCUCCAACUCGGUCACUAACACAUCUGAUGGCAAAUGUCUACCUUUCCAGCCUUCUCCAGCUCCUUCUUGACCUUUGCUGUUUUACCAGUCAACAUCUGAAUCUUUAAAGCUCCAGCCACUGCCAAGAUUGGCACUAACACCAGUAUGAACAGGGUCAGCUCCCAGCCAUACACAAAGGAGAUAAUUACACUGCUGCCCAUAUUGGAUAUAAUCUUGACCAUUGUGGCCAAACGUAGUCCGGUAACCUGAGCAGAGAUGAUAGGUGAUUACUAAUGUGGUGAAAACAUGACAGCGAGAGAAUGAAAGAGAGAGAGAGAGAAGUGAAUUACCCCUUUUACUUCAGCAGAGUCUGAGGCCAGCCUUGUUGUGAGUGCACCAACACUGUUUUUGGGGUCAUCAAACCAGCCAAGGUCCUAAUAAGAUACAAAUAAUAAAAAGGUAAAAUAACUGUAAGGAACUCAUUCUCCAUAAAAAACAAAUGAAUGGAAUUUAAUGAAAAGGUGACGCUUUUGAUUUACUGGGCAAUCUACGUUCCCAAGCUUUGGGAAGUGACCCAAAAGCAAAUCACCAAGACAAGCAGUGGAAAUAAACUUCCUCCAUCGGUUCACCCAUCCGUUUGGGAGGAACUCAGAGUAGAGCCGCUGUUCCUCCACAGGAGGUUACAUUUGAUGUGGUUUGGACCUGUCCGACUGGGAGGAGGCCCCGUGGCAGACCUAGGACAGGCUGGAGGGACAUAUGUGUCACAGCUCGCCUGAGAAUGCCUCAAUGUCCUUCCAGCGGAGCGGAAGGAAGGAAUUGGCCGAUAAUAGAGAAGUCUGGCAUCCUUGCAGAGACUGCUGCUCCUAUGACCCAGAUGGGGUUGAGUGUACGAAAAUAGAUUGAUGGGUAGAAUUUAAUUACAUUUAAAGCAUGCAACAUCCAAAUGAAAAUAUUGUAUUGUUUUAGCGGCAUGUUUGCGUGUGCUCUCAUUGAAAACUGUCACACGCAAUAGACAUUCUGGAAGCGCUGUGGGACGCUUGGUCACUUUUAGGUGUCUCCUUAGUGCUGAGUAAUCAUUGUUCCACCUACCUGCCUCAUCAUAGCCUUGAAAGCUGCAAGUCUCAGUUUCAUGGUCAGGAUCUCUCCAGCUUUACCAAAACAGAAACCCUGAAAAAAGUGAAAGACACAAGAACAAUUGGAUAGUAACGCAAAUACAUGUGACUUCACUAAGCUGAAUGUUUACACUGUUGUCUCAGAACGUGCCUUGGUGUCAGCAAUGUUGAAAAGUGUCAUCAGCAAAUUGCAACACAGAUACAGAGAGAUUGGAAGAGUAACAGAAAAGCAUAGACGUGGACAUCUUUUGAUCUGGCUUUACAUCUCAGUUUGCACCUUUCCAUGUGUAAUUGGUACAGGUGCAUCUCAAUAAAUUAGUUUGACAACUUUAGGGCUCUGAAAAAAAAUUGGCUAAGUUGACCACAAAAUUUGGUUGACGCAAAAAUUUCUGCCUUGAGGCACUUUAAAAAAACCCUAAUAAAUGCAUAUUUGCACCGCCCGGAACCACUUUGCGCCACCUGGAACAAUUUAGCCACUGUCCAUGUUUACCACACGGAGGUUUGUUGCAGACGGACGCACUAUUGGACCAGAGAAAAACAUUGCCAAAAAAGACAGAGCAGCGUCUGUAAGUGAUUUCUAAAAAACUAUUCAAUUUAUAAUGUACAUAUAACAUGAUGUAUGAGUGAGCUGAAUGGCUAGUUAGCUUUUUAUUUAUUUAUUUAUUUUUUUUACUUAAAAUGGUAAUUGCUAGUGCGCUAAUGCUAAUCGCGAAUGGUACCCAUUUAGCAAAGGCUGAUUUUGUUGUCUAAAAUGUAUAUUUAUAAUAUACUUUCAGUACCAGCAUAUGCAAUUUAAGUAUAGAAGUCCAUCCCUCAUAAAUUAGAAUAAAAUGCAUAUUAGUAGUUUAAAAAAAAGUAAAACAAAUAAUUGGGUUGGCGUCGAUUACUCGUGUAUGCAAAGAAAUAACUAUAGGAUAGUUGAUUCUAAAAAGAUUCGAUAAUGACGGCCCAAGAAAACAUGUAUUUCUUUAGUUCAAUUCAAAAACUAAUAUAGAAUAACUACAAAGAGUAAUUUUUAAUUAUGUGUCACAAGUUAAUAUAGACUGGACCCAAGAGCAGGCGGAGGCUGAGAGUUUGUGAUGAUAAGUUUAUUGAAAAAAGGGGAAUGGAAAUGGUCCUUGAGAUGUGCUGGCGGGUUAUUGAGGCAGAGAACGUGUGGAUUUUUAGCUUACAGUUUAUGAAAACCCACAUUUGACCAUCUCCAAUAAAUUGAAAAUGUUACAUAAGAAACAAUCAAAAAGAUUUUAAUAUGGAUAUUAGGUUGCAAUUGGCCUUCUGAAAAGUAUUUUCAUGUGUUGAAUGAAUCUGUAUAAUUUACGAGUUUCACUUUUGGAAUUGAAAUGCUGGAAUACAAUAAACUCUCAUACACUAUUCUAAUUUAUUGAGACGCACCUGUAUGCACCCUUUGCUUAUUAUGUAGGUAAUCUCUGGGUCCCUAAGGCUUGCUUUUCCAUGGGAGCCACAAUCCAAAAAACACACGUUAGGGUCAACCCUAGUCAGCCAGGGCCUGGAACAGGCUCCAUCAUUGGAUCAAAUUUAUGAUGUCCAGUGUUCUCGUCCUUGUAUUGCUUGUUUUACUGAAACUGUAAUUCAUUUGAAGCUCAUUAAGAUAGUAAGGCAAUUGCGAUGGAACUUAUUCUUCAUUGUCCUAAUAUUGUGGAUAAAUAGGUGUGAAUGUCAAGUAUGCCUACCUGUAGAAACACAGUGAAAAACACUACAAAUCCAGCAGCAGCAAACAUGAGGCAAAGGAAUUCUGUUUUUUUUUUUUUCAUCUCUUGAUCAAGCUCAGUAAACAGCUGAAAGUUAGGAAGAGAGGGUUUGUUUAUUCAGAGUUCUUCUGAAAGACUCAUUCCUGUUUUUGCAUCCAAAUACCAAGUACAGUACAGUAAUACUGCUUGACAGUAAGUGUAACCUACACUGAUGAACUCUGAAAUGAGGACUGCGUACACAGGCUGAGAUAUUCCAGUGAUUGCAGCAGAAAUGAUCCCCAACAAAAUGUAAGGCCACUCAGGAAGGUUGAAACGCAUCACUUUGAGAAACAUAGAAGGUGGACCAUUUUCAACCUGCAAACAAGGAAAGAGCGUUGAACCAUGCUGCGCUUUCUUCUCUGCUAUGUACAGUGGCUACGGAAAGUAUUCAGACCCCCUUAAAAUGUUCACUCUUUUUUAUAUUGCAGCCA